GAACUACCUACCAUAGAGGAUUUGGCCAAUGCUUCACAAGACAAAGUAUUGUCUUUGUGGCAAGGCUUGGGCUACUAUAGUCGGGCUAUAAAUUUACACCAAUGCGCCCAAGAUAUUGUCUUUAACCGUCAAGGGGAAUUUCCAUCCGAAAAAUCAGAACUUAAAACCCUUAAAGGCGUUGGCGAGUAUAUUGCAUCCGCCAUUGCAUCCAUGGCGUUUGAUCAAAUUUGCGUGGCCAUGGAUGGCAAUGCAUACCGGGUUUAUAGUCGUUAUUUGGGUGUUGAUACUCCCAUAAAUAGUCCUUCAACCAUUCGUUUGCUAACCCAAAAAGCCCAAGACUUAAUCGAUAUCAAACGCCCUGGUGAUUUUAAUCAAGCCAUCAUGGACUUGGGGGCC